AGUAAGAAUGCAUUUACGUCACUUCCUACAAUUAUUUUUAAGCCCACUAACGUCACUCAAACAUUAGCUAUUCGCCAUUGAUUAGCACGAGAGAACGCGGCUAGAUUUUGCUAACAAAAACGUAAUUAUUAAAGUUAAUUUUCCAAGUAUUUGGUGUUCUCUAACACGACAAGUGCCACCAUGGCGGAUAAGAUGGAUAUGUCUUUGGAUGACAUUAUUCAACAAAGUAAGAAAGGUGGCGGUGGCCGCGGAAAUCGAGGAGGCCGCAGCCGAGGAUCAACGGGUCGAGGUGGGAGUGGAGGGCGACCCGGUGGCGCUGUCUCUGGAGGCCGGACAGGCGGAUCCGGGCCCAUGAGGAGUCGACAGAACUUCAGCGGAGACAGAAGCGACAGCAGACCCACGCCAUACAGCAGGCCCAGAGAGCUUCCGGACAAAUGGCAACACGACAUGUUCGAAGGUGGCUUUGGCGGUAAUGCUGGUGGUGGCGGGGGAGCAGGCGGUGGUGGUGUAGAGACUGGCGGCAAGCUCCUUGUCUCAAACCUUGACUUCGGUGUCUCUGACGCUGAUAUCCAGGAGUUGUUUGCGGAAUUUGGUACAUUGAAGAAAGCGGCUGUGCACUAUGACCGGUCUGGCCGCAGCCAGGGAACCGCCGACGUCCACUUUGAGAGGAGGGCUGAUGCACUCAAAGCCAUGAAACAGUACAACAAUGUACCCCUCGAUGGCCGCGCCAUGAGCAUUCAGCACGUCACAUCACAAAUCAGAGACGAUAACCAGAGACGACCUUCACAGAGUUCAAACGGAGGCGGUGGUGGAUUCAACAGAGACCGAAUCGGACGCCCCAAUUUCUCAGAAAGGCGGGGAGGCGGAGACAGGCGGGGAGGCAGAGGCCCCAGGGGCAGGGGUAGAGGCGGACGUGGUGGUGGAGGCAAACCGCAGCAGUUGUCUGCUGAAGAGCUGGAUGCCCAGUUGGAUGCUUACAAUGCCAAGAUGGAGACCAGUUAGAAUUCUCAGAAGCACUCAUUUGAAUCCCUCACCUCAUCCCUACCCAUCUUCGUCCUGUCAGAUCUGAAGCUUGUUGACUUUGACCUGAGAAAUUGACCAGAUCUUUUACAUUUACUGUUCUUCGGCAUCAUUUUAAUGUGUGGAUGGAUCUGGCUUUUCUCCCUUUUUAAUAUUAUGAACACUUUUUGUACCAUUAUUUUUGGGAUGAUUGUAGGUUUUUGAGGGGGAGUUUUUUGUUGCCCUUUGCCUCCCCUUCUCCUUGUGCAUAGUUGUAAUAAACCUACAAAACAAACUG